UCUGCUUCACAACACGAGGACACCAGAGAAGAAGCUAUUGGGUUAGCUAGAACAGAGAGUUGUACAAACAACACCAACAUGACAAUUCAAUGGUGGGGCCUUCUACUUGACCUGUGGUUUCUUUUGGCCUGCCUACCAUUUCACAUCUCAGCUUUCAACCUGGACACGGACACAAAGCAUGUUCUGAGGAAAAAUGGUGAACCAGGAAGCCUGUUUGGAUUCUCCCUGGCACUGCACCAACAAUUGAAUCCUGUCAAUAAGAAACUAUUGCUGGUUGGAGCGCCACGUGCCAAGUCAUUGACCAAAGCUGAUGUUACUGGAGGCAUCUACCAGUGUGAGCUCACCACUGAUUCUAAGAGCUGUGAGCGUGUCAAGCUCGACAACAAUGAGUUUCUUAAAAGUCAAAGACCAGUGGAUGGGUGUACGAGUGACAAGCCAAGGCCCUGGUCAAAGCGUUAUGACAGCAUCAGAUACAUGGUCUGCACAUACUGA